GAUAGAAAGACAAUUUGCCACAAUCAUGCAGAAUGACUUGUGUUGGCACAAGGCAAGCCAAAAAAAAAAAAAAAAAACAGAACAAUGAACGGUAUUAGACGCAAGUUGGAACUAAUAAUGAUUAGGUUUGUAUCGAGCUAUUUACUAAAGGAUACAAAGUGCAAAUUAUAAAUUUCCGGAUUAUCUGAUAAGUCAAACUGCUUCUUGGAUUCAUUUUGUUCACUACUUUUAUUUUCCUUGGCGUUCGAUUGUUCAUUUUCCGCUCUAGAUGUCUGGUCUUACGAUCCUAGAUGUUGAUCUUGGCCGUUAUAGAGACGUUUAUCUCAAUGGUUUCUCUAAAAUCGCCAACAAAGAUGUCCUUCUUCAAGAAUUGACCAACUAUUUCGACAACACCGUGAUGAAAAAACUGACUGACUCUUUUCCAGCAGACGAUCAGUUCAAUCUCCUUGGAGUAGGCGUGGGUGAAGGUCAUAAUGAACUUCAUUUUCUUAAGCGACUUGGAUCUUACUUUACAUCGGUUAAGAAUGUAGCUGUGGAGCCGAAUGAAGGCUUACUCGAACUGUUCGAAACCAACACUGAUAAAUGGAGUUCUGAAAGUAAAGCAAAAUGUGAAUCUAAAUGGUACAUCGGAACCCUCUCCGAAUUCUUCGAUGAAAGCCCUCUGGCGAAAUGCAAGUACAACAUGAUCAGCGCUAUACAUUCAUUGUACCACACCGGUGACUUUGAGACGACCUUCACCCGGCUCAUGUCAAUGCUGAAAAUCAAUGGUGUCAUGUUCAUUGUUUUGUCUGAAAGGAAUUUGAUAGACCAAUCCCACCGUAAUAAAGAAUGGCUACCAGCAAGUCAUCACUAUUCAGGGAAACCAAGGUCGGAAAAAGUGGCGGAAAUUGCCAAAAGGAAGGGGUUUUCUAUCACCGCAUUGGAUCUGGAUAUAAAGUGGGAUGUUACUGAUCUAUUUGAUGAGAAGUCGGAGCUAGGGGACAAACUCGCAGAUUUUAUGGCGGUCACAGCCUACUUUCGAAAAACGGCAUCGGCUGAAAUGAAAGAGGAAUUACUCUGUUUUUGGCGGUCUUUAUGCUCUGAAGAUGAAGAUGGGCGCAUGCGCACACGAUCAGGAGAGAUGAUAGUUGUCGUUACAAAAUAGAUCUCAUUUAUUCAGACCAUUCGUUUUGCUCUUUUAUUUUUUUAUUUAUUUUUAUUUAGCUAUUUUCAUUUGUACAAAAUGAAUAACAUAAUGAAGUAAUACCAUGUUACUCCAUAAGAAAUAAUUAUGAUGGACAGCAUUAACUCAGAGGAAUAUAAUACCUGUGUUAAAGAAAUCCGAAAUUUGGUAGGUAUAAUUAUGGAUAAAUUCAGCACGGUUGCACUUCAUUUUAGGUACUGUACAUGUAUAUUUUUUUAGUAUUUUUGCUCCAAAAUUUUGGUGUACAGCUACGUGUCUAUGGCCCGUAUUCUGAAGUCAGGUUUAACUAAGACCGUGGUAUAACUCUGUGCUAAAAUUAUGGGAAGCCAAAAGUGUCAACAUUUUGUUUUUAUUAAGUUGUAUGUUUCUUAAGUUUACUGUGCUCUUUCCUGAUUCAUCGAUGGUGAAGGCAAUCAUCUAUUUAUACUUCCCUAGAAAAUUAUGAAUGAUUUGAUAGCCAAAUGAGCUGAAAUAUGACAUUUCUUAGUGAUUUAUGUAACAAUUGACUAUCCAUACGUAAACCACAACUUUAGUCCUGAGGUUAACAUUUACCUUUAAACCCGAGUUCAGAAUACGGGCCUAUAUGUGUCUAAUCCAGAAAAUGCUACCUUGGCCGUAGUAGUAGCGUAGUAUAGUACGCCAAAUAUUUUGAGGGGCCAGACAUGGGGGAUAAUGUAUGCGAGCAAGUAGAAAAAAAUGACAUCAAAAGUCAAUUUACAAAAAUAGAUUUAGACACAAUAUUCUGAAUAACAUCAUAUCUCAGAUCUUUUCAUUCUUUUUUUUUUCUUCUCUAAGUCAAGAAGUAUUUUGGGGUUCCAUGGGACCUUAUCUGUAUGCCAGAGAGAAAAAACAAACAAAAUGAAUGUAUUCUAAAGUUUCUUCUAAAUCUUAUUCAGAGUAGGUGCCUAAAAUCUGCUGAAAUUACUUUCAGAUUAAAAAACACUCAUAAACUAAAAAAUACUUUUCUUAUUUUUGCUGGCCUAUUCGCAAUAUUCAUAACGUUUCGGAAAAUUAUGAGCACUGCGACCUUUUUUGCAUUCAAACGCAGAUCUGAACAGUUAUCUAUUUACUGCCGGAUUCGGCAGUAAAUAAAACUACUAUUGAGUAUCCUUUAAAGAAAAUAAAGUGCAUUGCCGAUAU